UAGAACGAGAGUCUUCUUCAGUCUCCACCACAACAAUUUGCUUCAUCUCCCUCACUGCUUCGAGUUCAUGGAAACAACUACUAAUAAAUCCAGUGAUUCUGUUCUUCCUCCAUCAUCAUCCUCAUGGCGUCGCUCGCUCUCCCGCAUUUCCUGCCUCACCGACUCCGGUGGAAUCAUCGGAAAAACCGAUGCAGAUGUUGUUUGUCUUCGGUAAGUACUAAUGAAAGUUCCACGGCGGUUGUGUGGUUCAAGCAUGACCUCCGUGUCGAUGAUCAUCCUGGUCUCCUCGCUGCUUCCAAGCACAGAUCUGUCAUACCUCUCUACGUUCUCGAUCGCCGUGUAUUAUCGCGAUAUACAACGGACACAUUAGAGUUAGCUAUUAUAGCCUUGGAAGAGUUAAGAGAAUCCUUAAAGAAGCAAGGAUCAAAUCUUAUGCUCAGAUAUGGGAAUGCAGAAAAUGUCAUUGAAGAGCUUGUCAAAGAGGUUCGAGCUCCCUUUGUCUAUGUGGAAGAAGAGGUAGAAUACCAUCUGUGCGAGGUUUUGGACGGUGUUAGGAAAAAAUUGAAAGGUGUUUCUUUUCCUGGAGGUCCACCGAGGGUUGUUCUUUGGCGGACUCCUUUCUAUGAGAGCCUAAAUCUGACGGAUCUACCACAAUCUUGGGAAGAGUUUAAGGAAUUAAAGCUGCCUCUCAGUUUGCCAGUUUCUGCAGCAAGGUUUUCAUCUCCAGAAAGUGAAUUGCAGUGGGAGUGGGGUUCUGUGCCAACACUUGAUGAUCUGACGGACUAUAUGAAGGAAAGCUUAUGCGAAAAAGAAAGUAGCUGGAGGGACAUGGCACAUGUAUCUGCUGAAAGAGUAUUAGUGGAAAGGAUUGGUAACUUGAAGAAGGGGAGCAGCGUGGAGCCGAUUAGUGAUGGAAGUUUACGGAAGAAGGUGCACAACUCUGUAUUUGUCACAAGAAAAAGAGAUACUGUUGCUGGUGGAACUGAGGUUGUACUGAAUGCUCUAGCAGGAUACUUGAGGUACUUGGAGGGUACAAGUCGAGAUGACUGGCAAGAGGUUCAUGCGAGACUUCGUGAUGCCGAAAUUAGGCCUGGAGCUUCAUUUUUCAAACUUUUUGGACCUGUCCUCGGUCUUGGUAUUGUAUCAAGAAGAAGGGUUCACUAUGAAGCAACCGAGUAUGAAAAAGAAAGAAAUGCUGGAUUUAUUUCUCCCUUUGGAUAUUCAGCUGCUACAGUGGCUGCUGCAACUGAUGCUGUGUGC